AUGAGCCUCUUUGACGGUGUGUUCGGAUUCUUUCUCAGGGAGGCUAGCCCUAUCCUGGGUAUGGUUGCUGUGAGCAGCUUCCUUUAUCUAAUUGUCGACCAUAUUCACAUCCCUCGAUGGUGGGAUAAAAAGACCCACCUGAUCGGACAAAAAAUUCCCGAGAGAAUUACUAGGCUUGAAUGCCCUUAUGAUUAUCUUCGAGAAAUCUACGGCAAGCAUCAUUGGAGGGCAUUUGUCCACAAGCUAUCCCCGACCCUUCAUAAUCAUGACCCUGCUAAGUAUCAGAUGGUGUUGGAGAUUAUGGAUGCUAUACACCUUUGCCUAAUGCUGGUUGAUGAUAUCUCUGACGGAAGCGAUUACCGCAAAGGACGACUCGCUGCUCACAAAAUAUACGGCCCAUCAGAAACAGCAAACCGAGCCUAUUACAGAGUCACCCAGGUUCUCAACAAAACGACAAAGGACUUCCCGAACCUCGCACCAUGGUUGAUGCAGGAUCUCCAGGAUAUCCUUGAAGGUCAAGAUAUAUCCCUCAUUUGGCGCAGGGAUGGAAUCAGUGCCUUCCCUAUAUCUACCGUGGACAGGGCCGCGGCAUAUCGAAGAAUGGCGUCUCUCAAGACUGGUUCCUUAUUCCGUCUUCUAGGUCACAUUGUCCUAGAGAACGAUUCUAUGGAUGAGACUUUGACCACAGUUGCCUGGCAUUCACAGCUCCAAAAUGACUGCAAGAAUGUUUAUUCUUCUGAGUAUGCAAAGCUGAAGGGCUCUGUGGCCGAGGACUUGCACAACCGCGAGAUGACAUACCCCAUCGUGCUGGCAUUAGAUGCACCUGACGGUCAUUGGGUGACGAGAGCCCUAGAAUCUCCAUCACCUCGCAAUAUCCGUAAUGCCAUGAGGGUAAUUCGAGGGGACUAUGUGCGGAACAUAUGCGUGAAUGAGCUGGCUAAAUCCGGUGCCCCGGUUAAAGAAUGGUUGGAACUAUGGGGCAGAAAGGAGAAACUUGAUUUGAAGGCAUGA